AUGGAGAGCACAGAGGUGGAGUCGGACAUCCUGCGCCGUGUCCGCACGCUGCUGCGAGAGCUGGACGGUCACCACCCCGCCUGCCAGAGUGACCGAGGGAUGCUGCGAUGGACCCUGCAUAAAAAAAUCGACCAGAAUCCCAGUAAUAGCUCCAUCCUGGUCAGGAUCCUGGUGAAGGAGCUGGAAAGGGCGGAGCGAGGUGACUUCAGACAUUACAUCAUCCCUUUGCUGCACACGCUGAUGUACACCUUGAUAAAGGCUCCCUGCAUCUCUGACGAGCUCUGCAGCAGAGUGUAUGAUUUCUGUAAGAAGCUGCUCACCCUGCCCAAGCCAUUCUGCACCGUCGGUUUGGACUACGCCAUCAGGCUGAAGAUGGAAAGGACAGCACCGGGUAUGUUGUACCAAAGAAUGGUCAUUUCCGAACAAAGUCUUAAAAGUGACCCGUACCCUUAUCAGGAAAAGAUUUUCAUCUUUGCUGAUCCGAAGCUGCUCUCCGAAGCCAUCUGCAACGCGCUGGUCACCGACACGGAAGCAGCUCAGGUCUCCCAGAGUCCCCGGGCGUGCAUGUGCUAUGUGAUCAUCCACACCAUGCAGGCAGCCCUGGGCGAGGGCUGCGAUGUCAGCGGCUUGAAGAGAAGCCUCCAGGAUAUGCCCACGAGCGACGUCGAGCACUGGUUCCAGCAAGUGGUGGCGGCAGUCGAGUGCGCAGGACACGAGGCAAGCGCAGACCGCGGCCAGCACGCAGAGAGGCUGGAAAAGAUUUACCACGCCGUCCUCAGCGCCUCGCAAGCAGGCAAUGCUUCCUCGGGAGGGCUGCAGGGUACCCCUCUGCCCAACCCCAACAUCAGCUUUCACCUCUGGACAGAAGACGACCAGCUCUGGAAGGAAUUGGUGCUGUUCAUCCGCCCACUGUCGCAGAGCUGUGAGCCCAACUGCCUAAGCCAGGACCUGGACAACUUUGAGAUCCAGGACAUCAUUUCGGACUGCGAGUGCUGCGAGCAGACCCGCUUCUCCGUACUCUCCACCGACAGCGGCAUCGAACGGGACCUGCCCACAGCAGCUGAGGAGUCCUUCUCCCCUUGCAGUGCCGAGACAGAGCAAUCCCGGCUCCAGAGGAAGGGUGGCAUUAAAAAAAAACAGUUGCCACUGGAAAGUGUGGCCUUCCUGCAGACUGGAUGCAAUGGUCCCGGGGCAAAGCCCCCAGCAAAGCCACAGAGGAGACCGGGCAUCCCCCCAGAGCCUGCAGCCCCGCUCCAGAGGCUCCACACUGCCCGCAUCGUGCUGCUGGGGGACGACCGGAUCCUGGGGCGCCUGGCCCAAGCCUACCACUCUUUGAGGAAACGAGAAACACGGCGAGUUUUCCUGACUCCCAGGCUGAACCUGCAGUUCUACUACAUCCCGGUCGUGACGGGGCAGCCAAACACCUUGGCCGUUGCGGACCACACUACCAGCGGCCAAGAGGAGCUCUGCGAGGUGGCCGGGUACCUGGGCAGAGCCGACCCGUGGUACGAGAGCAACAUCAACACGCUGUGCCACAUGAUUCCCAAGCUGGCCACCAUGCCUUCCUCUCCAAGCAAACAUCUUGUGACUGAUCUGUUCAUCACUGAUGUGAUCGCAUACUACGUCCGCAUGGGCAUCCAGCCCGUCUGCUUCCAGGUCUAUGCUGUGAAGAUUUUCUUCAAUGACCCGGCGCAGGAGCCGGCCGAGGAUGUGUUCCUCACGGAGCUGCGCACCCAGGUGCAGGAGAGCAUCUCCCACAGAGAGUUAAGCAUGACCAAGAAGAAAAUGACCCUGGAUGGCCCUGGCAUAGAUCUCACUGUAACAUACAGAAAGGUUGUGGUGAGCAACCGGGCAAAGGAGCUCACAAUGUCCCUGCGCUCCACAGGUCUGGUGAUGAAAGCCAUCCCCGCUGAUGAGGCUGAAGACCUGGUGUGUCUGAAUGUGAACAUCACUGAAAUCAUUAGGAUCAACAACUUGUCGGGGCGAUCAUUCUCAGCUGUGGCAAACAGGUUGAAAACACGCAAUAUCAAAAUCAGGAGCACGGAGCAGAGACCCUUCACAGUGUGUCUGGACAAGGACAGCAGAAGAGUCUACAGGAACGUGAUCAGUGUGGAAGUGUCUCCUUGCCUAGAGCCCAGCUACUGCUUGCAAAAGACGAGGGCAAUGAAAUUCAGUCUGCACGAAACAGAAGAUGUGGGGCUUGUGAAAUACCUGCCCAAGUCUCUGCUGUUGCCCAUCAACACAUUCGCAGGCGUCAUCCAGUGA